AAAUAUGAAUGUUGAAUGAUUUCUGUGUCUUUAUUUGCUUUGUGUGCAAUCAGAUUUUAUUUUAAAGGUUAUAUUCUCUGUAUUCACAGACUUUCUAACUGUGGACUCUCAGAGACUCACUGUGAAGUCGUGGCCUCAGCUCUGAAGUCCAACCCCUCCCAUCUGAGAGAGCUGGACCUGAGUAACAUCAACCUGAAGGAUUCAGAUGUGAAGCUGCUGUCUGAUCUUGUGGAGAGUCCACACUGUAGACUGCAGACUCUGAGCUGGAAGUGAUCUCAGUCAGACUGUGAGCGGUGAGGACGGAGGUUGUGUUGGAGGAUCCGCUGUGUCCUGAUGAUCCAGAGAGGUUGAAGCAGCAGCAUCAGCUCUGACUGGGCCAUGUUACUGGGAGGUAGAGUGGAGAGGAGAGCUUCAUCCAGCAGUGACUGACAGAGGAAUCACAACCAGUGGAGACAAUUCUCAGUGCUGCAGUCUGAACUGCUCUGAGAUCAGCUCCCUGUGUGUUCCUCUGGAUCAUGUAACAGAGUAUCAUCAGUGUAUCUGGAGCACUCUGCU